GCUUUGGCAAAUUUUUCCCCAACCACUUUAGUAAAGUGAGCAGACGGAUGUUGGUUCUAAUAAAAUCCGCAAGUGUCAGUGUGGUGAGGCGCCACCUUCCGGCACUGUUAUUUUUUUUGGCAAAAUGGCAGGUGUACGAACUGUUGGGCAAUACGGUUCACGAUUACUGCAAUUGUCAUGCAGACCAGCAAUGACACAAGUAUCAGCACGUAACAAAUAUUAUGUUGUCGGUCCUAACCAUGAAAUUCAAUGGGGUGAUAUAAAAGAUACUGUAGCACAGAGUUUUCUCUUAACCGAAUUGAUCCGUGGAAUGGGUAUAACUCUUUCACACAUAUUCCGAGAACCAGCCACGAUCAAUUAUCCUUUCGAAAAGGGGCCUCUAAGUCCAAGAUUCAGAGGCGAACAUGCUUUGAGACGAUAUCCAUCUGGAGAAGAAAGAUGUAUCGCUUGCAAGCUUUGCGAAGCUAUAUGUCCUGCUCAGGCCAUCACUAUAGAAGCAGAGGAGAGAUCGGAUGGUUCUCGAAGGACCACUAGAUACGAUAUUGACAUGUCCAAGUGUAUCUAUUGUGGAUUCUGUCAAGAAGCUUGUCCUGUAGACGCCAUUGUUGAGGGUCCGAAUUUCGAAUUUUCCACUGAGACCCACGAGGAGAUGCUCUACAACAAGGAAAAACUGCUGAACAACGGUGAUAAGUGGGAAUCGGAAAUAGCUACAAAUAUACACGCCGAUCAUCUGUACCGUUAAGAGCACAACUCCAGAAAAGAAACCGAAAAUGAAAGCCGUGUCCCAGAAAAAUGCAAUUAGUCAUACGUGUGCGGUGCGUUAUAAAAAUCUAUCAGAAUCACGCGAGAUGUAAUAUUUGAAGCGAGAUUCACUGAAAAAUUCGUUAUUUGAAUGAAGCAUAAGUCGCCCAUAGCGAUCACAUGGGUUAAUUUAUAUCUUACUUAAAUUCUAUUGUAAAUAAAAAUCGAGGUAAACUCGUAA